GCGAUCACCCACGCUGAGUGGAUUCACCGACCCACACGCCCCCUCCUUAAACUAACCUCUCUCUCUUUUUAACCCCUGACUUCCACUCACUCCGUCAUUCAGGACUCUUAACUCUUGCUCCUGUUUAUCUCCAAGUGUGUGGGUGAAUCAUCAGGCAGAUGGAGGACUAUCACAAACCCGACCAGCAGACCCUGCAGGCGCUCCGCAACAUCGCCACUCGACUCCGGAUCAACUCCAUCAGGGCCACCACUGCAGCAGGCAGCGGUCAUCCGACAUCAUGCUGCAGUGUGGCCGAGAUCAUGUCGGUGCUCUUCUUUCACUCCAUGAAGUAUCGGCCCGAGGACCCUCGUAACCCCAACAACGACCGCUUUGUUCUGUCCAAGGGACACGCUGCCCCCGUGCUGUACGCUGUCUGGGCAGAGACCGGAUACCUGAAGGAGAAUGAGCUCUUCAACCUGCGCAAGGUGGACUCCAUCUUGGAGGGUCACCCUGUACCGAAGCAGCAGUUUGUGGACGUGGCCACUGGAUCUCUGGGACAGGGGCUGGGGGCAGCCUGUGGGAUGGCCUACACAGGAAAAUACUUCGACAAGGCCAGCUACAGGGUCUUCUGCCUGAUGGGUGAUGGCGAGAUGUCAGAGGGCUCGGUUUGGGAGGCCAUGGCCUUCGCCUCCUACUACCAGCUGGAUAACCUGGUGGCCAUCUUGGACAUCAACCGUUUGGGUCAGAGUGACCCAGCUCCUCUCCAGCACCAUGUGGAGAAGUACCAGCGUCGCUGCGAGGCGUUUGGGUGGCACGCGGUCAUCGUGGACGGCCACAGUGUGGAGGAGCUGUGUAAAGUGCUGAGUCAGCCAUGCCACCAGCCGCUCGCCAUCAUCACAAAAACCAUCAAGGGCAAAGGGAUUGCAGCUGCCGAGGAUAAGAUGGGCUGGCACGGCAAACCUCUGCCUAAAGACAUGGCUGAGAGUGUGAUGAAGGAGUUGCAGAGCCGCAUCAUCAGCUGCAACAAGCGUCUGUUCCCGGCGCCGCCAGAGGACGACACUUCCCCCGUCAGUCUCAGGAACUUGCGCAUGCCCAGCGCCCCGAGCUACAAACCAGGAGAGAAGAUUGCGACCAGGAAGGCGUACGGCAUGGCUCUGGCCAAACUGGGGCGUUACAAUGAGCAUGUGGUGGUUCUGGACGGAGACACCAAGAACUCCACCUUCUCCGAGCUCUUCAAGAAUGAGCACCCGAACCGCUACGUGGAGUGUUACAUCGCCGAGCAGAACAUGGUGAGCGUGGCGAUGGGAUGUGCGGCGCGCGACCGUAAUGUGGUGUUUGCCAGCACCUUCGCCACAUUCUUCUCCCGCGCCUUCGACCAGCUGCGCAUGGCGGCCAUCUCUGAGAGCAACAUCAACCUCUGCGGCUCACACUGCGGCGUCUCCAUCGGGGAGGACGGUCCAUCUCAGAUGGGUCUGGAGGACCUGGCCAUGUUCAGGGCCAUUCCCACGGCCACCAUCUUCUACCCCAGCGAUGGGGUCUCCGCGGAGAAGGCAGUGGAGCUGGCUGCCAACACAAAGGGAUUGUGCUUCAUCCGGACAAGCCGCCCGGAGAACAACAUCAUCUACAACUGUAACGAGGACUUCCAUGUGGGCCAGGCGAAGGUGGUUUACAAAACCAACGACGACCAUGUGACUGUGAUUGGAGCCGGGGUGACGGUGCACGAGGCUCUGGCUGCUGCUGAACAGCUGAAGAAAGAGAGGAUCAACAUCCGUGUGAUCGACCCGUUCACCAUCAAACCCCUGGACUCCAAGACCAUCAUCGACAACGCCAGGGCGACCAGAGGACGCAUCAUCACCGUGGAGGACCACUACUACGAAGGUGGUCUCGGCGAGGCCGUGUGCUCGGCGGUGGUCAACGAGACGGGCUUCACGGUCCACCGCCUGGCUGUGUCUCAGGUCCCUCGCAGCGGAAAGCCUCACGAGCUCAUGCAGCUCUUCGGCAUCGACCGCGACUCCAUCGCCCAGGCGGUGCGCAAGGUCCUGUGCAGCUCUGCCAACGCCAAGUAGGCCCUAUGGGAGCCGGAGGUCCGUUUCCGACGCUGAAAGAAAAGAAAAGUGACGUUAGCUUUAACUGUUUUCAUUGUGGUUCGACACCCCGCCCCAGUUUUUAAACUCACCAGUAAAAAAACCUCACACACACCCUCCCUCUCCCCUCUGUUCCUAAAGACAGUCCAGGUGUCAGUGUAGUGUCGCGGCUGAACGCAGUGAACGUGGAGUCAUGUCGUGCGAAACCUUCCCAGUCGGAGCGCGGCUGUUUUUAAACGUUUUCUUCUGUUGGAAUGUUGCACAGUAAAUCAAUGGUGAAUUCACAAACACGUGU